AUGGCAGCCCAACCGCCGAGCGGCCAGAAGCCGAAGGUCCAGCCGUGCCGGUACAAGACGGGGAAAACACUGGGCGCAGGCUCCUACUCUGUCGUCAAGGAGUGUGUGCAUAUCGAUACCGGGCGCUACUAUGCCGCCAAGGUGAUUAACAAGCGGCUGAUGGCCGGGCGGGAGCACAUGGUCCGGAAUGAGAUCGCCGUGCUGAAGAAAGUGUCUAUGGGCCACCAGAAUAUCCUGACGCUGGUGGAUUAUUUCGAGACCAUGAACAACCUGUACUUGGUCACCGACCUCGCCCUAGGCGGCGAGCUCUUCGACCGCAUCUGCCGCAAGGGCAGCUACUACGAGUCCGACGCCGCGGACCUGAUCCGAGCUGUGCUCUCGGCCGUGGCAUACCUGCACGACCACGGCAUCGUGCACCGCGACCUGAAGCCUGAGAACCUGCUCUUUCGCACGCCCGAAGACAACGCCGACCUUCUGAUUGCCGAUUUCGGGCUGUCGCGGAUCAUGGACGAGGAGCAGUUCCAUGUACUCACGACUACCUGCGGCACGCCCGGGUACAUGGCGCCGGAGAUCUUCAAGAAGAGCGGGCACGGGAAGCCGGUUGACAUUUGGGCCAUCGGCGUAAUCACAUACUUCCUCUUAUGCGGCUACACGCCCUUCGACCGAGACUCAAACCUCGAAGAGAUGCAAGCCAUCCUAGCAGCAGACUACUCCUUCACACCACUGGAGUACUGGCGCGGAGUGUCACAAGAAGCGCGCUCAUUCAUAAAGCGGUGUCUCACAAUCGACCCUGCCGCACGGAUGACGGCGCACGAAGCGCUCCAGCACGCAUGGGUGUACCCUCCGCAUGACGCCACAACGAAACUCGGCUCAGGCGAGGACCUUCUGCCGACUGUGAAGAAGAACUUCAACGCGCGGCGCACGCUGCACCGCGCCAUCGACACCGUGCGUGCGAUCAAUAAGCUGCGCGAGGGUGGCGGGUUCAUGAUGGACGGUGUUAUGAGUGUUGAUCCGAAGCCUGAGCGUGUUAGUGGGGAUCAGGUUCAUGAGGAGCAGUAUCAUGAUUUCCAGCGGCCGCAGCAGGGUGGUGCUGCUGCUAGUGACGGUCCUAUGCAGAUUGAUAGUCGGGGCAAUGCGCGUGGGCAGACGGAGGAGCAGAUCCGGCAACAGGAGCGGAGGGUUAAGGAGAUGGUUGCUGGGUUGUGGAGUCGGAGUGCAAAUGCGAGAUGA